AUGACUGGAAAUAACUCUGUGGACUUCAUGGCUGCACUUGAGUGUAUGGCUAUGGCUAUGCAGGCCACGGCUCAGAUACUUGGCCACCAAGAUGGAAAUGGUAAUGGCAGAAAUGGUGACAAUGGGCCGAUGAUCUUAGCGACCUUUCUGAAGGUAAACCCACUAAUCUUUAGAGGAAUGACAAACCCCACAGAGGCAGAUAACUGGUUUCAGACAAUGGAAAGAGCCUUGCAAGUGCAACAAGUGCCUGCGAAUCAAUAUGUUGAGUUUGCUACAUACCAGCUGAUGGGAGAAGCUCAGUUCUGGUGGCUGGGAACACUUCAUCUUUUGCAACAAGACAAUGUCGUAAUACCUUGGGACUCUUUUCAAUCUGAAUUCUACAAGAAGUCUUUUUCCAACUCAGUCAGGACGGAAAAAGAGAUAAAGUUGCUACAGUUAAAGCAGGUUUCAAUGUCAGUGGCAGAGUACACCAGUCGAUUUGAGGAACUAUGCUGGUUUUCUAGAAUUUGUCAGGAUGCUCCAGGGGAUUUCGAUGAAUGGAAGUGCAUAAAGUACGAAGGUGGACUUCGGAGCAACAUUCUGAGCACAGUAGGACUAAUGGAUAUCAGAACCUUCUCUAAACUGGUAAACAAGAGCAGAGUUACAGAGGAGUGCUCGAGAAAAGCUACUUUGGCUGAGAAUAACUGCCAGGAGUCAUACAGAAAGGAGCAAGGAAAGAACCUUACACCAAGGAGUCAAAGUUUCAAGAGAAAUGAUUACAUCCCCCUACGUCCGCAGGACCAGAUCAAUUACGGGAGGAAUUAUAAUCACAAUGGAAAUAGAAGGGGAAAGCAUAUAUGGAUAUAUUCUGAUGAGUUGAGGUGUUUCAAGUGUGGAUUACCAGAGCACAAGGCUAUACUUUGUCCACAUAAGAUGGCUCAAGAUGCCGGUCAAUCAUAA